CACCCUAACAUCGCUUGAGAGACAUCAUGUCUAAGGCAGGAAAGAUUGAUUCCUCUAGCCAGCGGGCAUGUGACGCUCGACCGAGCCGUCAAGCUGCCCCGCAAGAGCCCUGCCAAGUCGUGGGGCGCCGGCAUAUUGCAAUAGGAUGACAGUGACUAAGACUGAGCGUUCUCCUGCGAUCUCGCUUCCUAUAUCUACGUAUACAUUCGAUUAAUGAGUGCCUGAUCCAAGUACUGUCGUCCGCAUAAGUUCUUGUUACUCUCAUCAUGACGAGUCUCUCACCAGCCGAACCCAGUCCACCUAGCUUAAGGUUGGCCAGAUAUUCGGAUCUGGCAGACAUAGCACGGUGUUGGUACCAUGCAUUCUUCGACGACGAGAUUAUUGGAGACAUGAUGCAUCCGAACCGCAAACAAUAUCCCGAGGAUGUUUAUUGGUUUCUCUUACGAGGCAUACGUGAACGCUUUUGGGAGUGGAGGCAUCAAUUCAUCGUUGUAACCGUGAAAGUGGGUGAUAAAGAGCGCAUCGUCGGUGCCGCGGACUGGAGAAGAGUGGGGGAAGGAGGGAAGAAGAUGGAGAUGUUUUGGUGUGAUCCCAGUAAAGCUGUGCCGCUCUCCUUCAUGUAAGGCAUUCACUAAGACCACGAUAGGACAUCUGAUAAACCCUUCUGUACGGCUCUACAAUCGCCUAUCCCUUGCUAUCUUCCCCAAUCGAGCGGCAGAUCCAUCCCGUUCAUCUUUCCUUGACUCGGCAGUUUCAAACGCUAGCAAGUACUGGACAGGCGAGCACUCCGAAUGUUGGGAUCUCUAUGUCUGCGGCGUGGAUCCCGACUUUCAGGGAAAGGGUAUUGGGAAGAUGCUGGUCUGCUGGGGUACGCAAAAGGCAGAUGAAGAGCAUGUGAGUGCGAGUGUGCUCUGCGGUGAGAAGAAUAGAAAUUUCUAUGGCAAAUUGAGGUUGGAUCAGCAGGUGGGGGGAUCAGAGCACGGAAUUGCGUUGUUCAGAAGUCCGAGCAGUUAGUAC